UUUCAAAGGUUUGACACGACAGUCUUCUGCAAGUUUCCUGUUGGCCCGGGUUGCUCUAUUUGAUAUGGUUGGGCGAGUUGCGAGGGAUUUCCUCAGUGAGACUUCUACUCAGUUUAGUCGACAACUAUACAGAAGCAAAUGCAGAUGAAUUCUUUGUAUUUAUGUUUGCUCGAUUGCAAGAUGCAAUUCCGUGAAGUUGAAAAGGCCCCUUUGAUCAAUUCCUUGGGGUGCGUUCGGAUCAUUGGUUCCAGCAAUGGCUUGCUCUGUCUCGCUGAUUAUAUGAGAUAUCCACCUUCCCCUUUAUUAUGGAAUCCAGCGAUUAGAGAGGUGAGACAGCUGCCCAUAACUAUUGAUUAUUUUGAGGGUAAGUGCGUUUUAGGAUUUGGGUUCAGUCCAAUUAUUAAUGAUUACAAGAUAGUGAGAAUUUAUGAGAUUACUUUAGUUUGUCAAGUGGAAGUGUAUUCAUUAAGCACAGGAUCAUGGAAGGGUAUAGAAUUGGAGAACCUAAAGGGUGUAACACUUUUUACGAAUGCUGUCACUGCUAAUGGAGUUAUGUUUUGGUAUGGGUUAAAGCUGAGUAGUAUACAAAACACUUAUGUGAUAGUUUCAUUUGACAUAGCAUCGGAAGUGUUUACAGUGAUACCAUGGCCUGCCUUAUUAAGUUAUUCAGGUAAGCUUGCUGUUUAUGAGAACAAACUUGCUAUACUUUCUCAUUCUAGGGUUGGAAAUUCUCAAUAUUCUUUGCUUGAUUUGGGUGUAAUGGAGGAUGGGGGUAUAGGCUCAUCUGGGGAGAGAUGGAGUUCGAGUAAGAAAUAUAUUCGCAGCUCCUAUUCAUUCAAGUUACUUCCUGGGACCCUUUGGUGGGAUCAAAUUGUGUGCAUAGUUUUUGGACUGCCUGGAGUUAGUAGUGAAAUUGAAAUGGCAAAUGAUGGAGCAAAAGUUGGCUUAUAUCUUUUCAAUGUCACUACUAAUGAAGUUAAAAGGCUUCCCAUCCCCAGACCUGGCCUUCAUGUAGAUGUUUUCAAUUACGUGGAAAGCCUUAUGCCAGUGGGCAACAUCCAUAUUCAAGAGUCUUAAUUUUUACAUUGCAAAUCUACCAUCCAUGUUUGCUGUAGAUCAUUAUGUAUCUGUAAGAUUUGAUGCUCUUCAGGGAUGUAAUAUUGAAUUAUCAAUUAUGGAUGCUGAUAUUUCUUGCUUUAUGCGAGCUAUCUGUUAUAUUUGUUCUGUUUUGUUUGCCCCCUUCUUUGAAGUAUACAUGUUAUUGUUUGAUUUCUGGUGUAUGGCAUUUGAGACAGAUUUUUAAUUAUUGUACUAACAUUGCUUAUCAAUAUGCCA